AUGAAAUAAACAAAAAAGAGAGUUAGCUAUAUAAAAAAUUAAAAACCUACCAACAUUGAAUGGAUCCUCAAUCUCCUGGAUCAAAUACCCAAAUAUUAGCUACAGCAAUCGAAUAUGAAGAAAAUUUCAGCAGCUUAAUUAAGCAAACUCCAAGAUUGCGAUCAAUUACUUAAAUCGAGUCUGUACACUUUCGAUAACAAGAUCAACAAAUUCACUCAGAUGUAAUUUACACUCUACCCCAACAUGCUCAUUGGAGACAAUCAGGAGUACUUGGUCUUGUCGUCCUGCAUAAUGAACAAGAAGAUAAUCCAAUAUAAGGAAUUUACAGCCCAAGGAGUCCAAUUGCUCAACAGUCAAGGCAACCUCUUCCUAUUCUACGAGUCCUACGUGUAGUAACUGAAUUGGGAGAAGCAAUUGAAGAGAUUUUCCAAACUAUAAAAUUUUUCCAAUAAAUACACAAUUCAAGAGAAACUUUCUAUAUAAAAUCAUUACGCCUGUGUAAAGAACAAGAAUAAUCGUGUUUAUACGGUGCAACUAAUAAGAUUGUCAAGUUUGAGCGAAUAACUUUAUGAGGCUUUGAUGAACGAAAUAAAUAUCCUAAUGUGCUUCAAGCAGAAUGGAUUGCACUAGUUCCACGCUCUCUUUGAGGACGGGGACAUCCUCUACAUAUUGUAUGACUAUUGGGUUGGGGAUACCCUGUAUAAGUUGCUGUAACAAGGCUUUAAAUUGACUGCGUCAUAGAUAGCCCAAAUCAUCUUCCAGAUAAUCAAAGUGGUUCGAUUUCUGCAUUAGAAUAAUCUGUAUCAUGGAGCCAUCCUGCCCACCAAUAUCGUGUUGCAUAGAGCCACAGGACCGCAGAAUCAAUCAGGACAGUAAUUGAAAAUCACUUUAUUUAAUUUUGCUUAUCGUGAUGCAAAUCAAUAUAAUUUGACUUGGCUAAAUAAGAGAGUGCCAAAACAAUGGAUUCCUCCUGAGUUUAAUAAUUUACAAAUUAAACCGGAAUUUUAAAACAUUGAUGGGUAUCAAAUAGGAGUGUUGUUGUAUUACUUGACUUUCCAUACGAACGUAAACAAAUCAUAGUAGUCCUUUAUUAAAUCUCUGGAUAACUUCAAAGUUGAUUAUCAAUGGUUGAAGUCCAUAAAACAAGAAUAAUAAUAAGAAUAUUCUUUCUCUCUGAUUGAGUUAUUGUGUGGGCUAUUGGACCCAGACUUUUAGAAUAGGAUUACUUUGAAUAAUGCUUUGGCUCAUUAGUGGUUGACUAAUUAGAGGCAGAAAUAGAAUGGAUAGAAUGAGAAGCCUAAGAUCUUGCCGUCUUUACGAACAAUUUUGGAGCUGAGAGAACAAAGUUCUUGCGAAAUCCUGUCAUCUAGACUUGGUAAGGAAGAUCAACUGCAUGUAACGAGUUCAAGUGAAGAUGAUAUUGAAGUGUGUGAUGAUGAAUACAUACAUAGAAUUUCAAAAGAAAAUAAUAAAAUACCAUAUUAUUAAAAUAUACUUAGUUUGAUUCCUCAAAAGCAUCCCUCUAGAAAUAAACAAAUUAUAGAUUAAUGUCAAGAGAGUCAAUUUUGA